AUGUUGAAAAUAUGGUCCAUGAAACAACAGCAGCAAAAGGAUGCAAAUGCCGAGGGAGUGGGGCAAAAGAAGAAAAAGGUCACGGCGGCACAGUUGAGGGUACAGAAAGACCUACAGGAGCUGGAGGGCACGCUCGGAAGGACGAUGAAGACCACCUUUCCCAAUCCCGAUGACAUACUCAAUUUCACUCUCACUAUCGAGCCUGACGAAGGGAUGUACAAGGGAGGAUCGUUCCUCUUCAACUUUGCCAUCAACCAGAAUUUCCCCCAUGACCCUCCGAAGGUCAAGUGCAAGCAGAAGAUAUACCACCCAAACAUCGAUUUAGAGGGCAACGUCUGCCUGAACAUUCUAAGGGAGGACUGGAAACCUGUGUUGAAUUUAAACGCCGUGAUUGUAGGACUACAGUUUCUGUACCUCGAACCAAACGCAUCGGACCCACUGAACAAGGAGGCAGCGGAGGAUCUACGGUCAAAUAGAGAAGGCUUCAAGAGAAACGUACGGACCUCCAUGAGUGGAGGAGCAGUGAGAGGGACACAGUUUGAGAGAGUGAUCAUGAAAGGAUCCUGA